GCAUAAAUCCAACUCAAUUCUCAUUACAUAGUCUUCAUCAUCUCCACUCACGCUUUCUCUUUCUCUCUCUCUCUCUCAAACUCUUCCAUUCUCAUCGCUCUUCUUCUUCUCUUCCUCUCUUUUACCCAACCAUGGCAAGUCGCUGGCUCAGGCCCGAGGUGUACCCGCUGUUCGCUGCAGUUGGAGUUGCCGUUGGAAUCUGUGGGAUGCAACUGGUUCGUAAUAUCUGCAUCAACCCUGAAGUCAGGGUGAACAAGCAGAACAGAGCUGCAGGAGUGUUGGAUAACUUUUCUGAGGGAGAGAAAUACACCGAGCAUUUCAUCAGGAAGUUUGCACGCACCAGUUCAAGAGAGAUUAUGCCCUCCAUCAACAGCUUCUUCGCUGACCCAAGUCGCAAUUAAGUUGAUUUCAAUAAACAGGGUUUAAUUUCAUUUGUGAGCUACAGCAUAUUGUGUUCAAGACUAGUUUCUAUCAUCGUGCAUUUAAAAAAAAAUGUGGUUGAUCUCUCUUCCUGAACAGCAUGUAAUGCUGCUUUGGUUGAGGAUAACAAUACCCUAUUUGAUGAUUGCUGCAGUUUUAAAGUCAUAAAAUGCCCUCUGUUGAGGACAUGCUUGUCCAAACUGAUGUUCUUAAUGAAUGGCUAAUUCCGUUCCUA